UGAGAGAGUAGUUCUACGAUAAAACGCGGGAGUUCUUCGUUGGUCAUCUAAGAGUCAGAAAUCGAAACUCCUAAAUCGCGAGCUAAUUUUUCUUCCCGGUUUAAUUUCUUCUUCAUUUCUUCGAAACCGACCAACGUAGUGCCGCUUAAGAGCUUUCCGCGAAGGGGCGCUGAAUAAUUCAUCGAAGUUUCGAACGGAUUCGCCCCCCUGAAUUGAAUACGCGUUGGGGUUUGUUUUGUGUUUGUUUAAUCUGAGAAUGGAAAGUGAAGCUUAUCGAUAUGGUCUCUCUGCUGCUGCUGUUUCUUCGAGAGGCUCCAAAUCCCAGUCGCAUUUUGAUUUUGAUUACGAGGAGGUGGAUGAGGAUGUUGAUGAUUUGAAUUCGGAAUAUUCUUGUCCGUUUUGUUCGGAGGAAUUUGAUUUGGUUGAGCUAUGCUGCCAUAUUGAUGAUGAGCAUCCUUUAGAAGCCAACUUUGGGAUAUGCCCUAUUUGCUCUUCAAGCGUGGGAGAGAAUAUGGUUGGACAUAUAAUGAUGCAGCAUGGAGAUAUAUUUAAUAGUCAACAAAGAUUGAAAUUCCAUAAAGACGAUUUUCCUCAAAGUCUUUCUUUUGAGAGAAAAGAGUUACAAGAUGAUCGUGUAAGAAUUCUUUCCGGGUUUUCGUCUCUGCAUUCGACCUCCAAGAUGGCACCUGAUCCAUUAUUAUCAUUUUUAUGCAAUGCACCUGUCGCUAAUGAGUCCAAAACUGUUCAGCCCGUGCCUUCAAGUAAAGAAAAAUUGAAGGAAAGUGAUGCAGACGAUACAUUAUCCGAAAGGGACGUUCAUUUAUCUUCCUUACCUGACACGAAGCAAGAAGAGAAGACUCGGAGAUGCGACUUCGUACAGGGGUUAGUUCUCUCUGUCAUCUUAGGCGACGAUUUAUAAUAUUGAGCACGAAUACAGAAGAGGGAAGUUGUAUCAAAAUUGUAGUGUUUUUAUUCCAAUGAUCAUAUUACCCUUUGUGAAUUAGUAAAAUAUAGUUAGAAAGGGUAAGCAUGAUCCAAGUUGUUUUCCUGUUUAUGGAAUUAUAGUUAGCUUCGUGGUGUUCUUCAAUAAAAAGUUGGUAAAUUGGCAGUCAA